AUGGCCCGACGACACUUAGAGUCCCCCCCACGACAUCGCGCGCGAAAGCGCGCUCAAGCUGACUCGAUUCGACACGAAAUCACCAACCCCCGACCCGGAGAACACACGCUACAGCAUCACAGUGAGGAUGGAGCUAGAACUACCGACGGCGCGCAACAGCAUGGACACAGAGCUACCUCAAUCGAUCGCACUCCGACUCAAGUCAACGACUGCGGUCUCUCGCGAACAUCUGCGAUAUACACACCAGACAGAGCCAGCACACCACGACCGCAUCUCCACACAUCGCUAUGA